AUGCUGGAUUCAAAGAGCCAGUGCUGCGGACGUGAGGAGCAAAAUGCUGUGCAGGGUUUCGCGGGCUCAAAGGCCACAAGGCCUACCCACGUCCAAAGCACCCUCGCAAUAACGCGAUACAACCUGGUCGAGACGAGUAAAGCCUCAAACAUCACGCCGGGCAACGGCGUGAAAGCACUCAAGGGGAUGCUACUUCUGGCCCCCCCCUGUGCUUGCACAGGUCGACAGGUGUUAAAACUGGACACUGCGCAACGCAACUGCCGUAGGAUAGUUGCAAAAGCGGAGCAGCUAACUCCGGCUCGGGGGCUUUGA